UACCAACCUUUAAAAUUGAAAUACACCAAAUAACAACAAUCAGCUUAUUAAUUAUUUUAAUUUUCAAAUGGACAAAGUAUUAUCAUUAAAUAUCCGAUUAGUCAACAAACUCCUAAAAGAUAACGCCUUAACCUCAACGCAUCUAACCUCAAAAUGCUUAGAAAGAAUUAAUAAUACAAAAAAGUAUAAUGCUUUUAUUACUGUAACUUCAGAUUUAGCAAAAAAACAUGCGGACGAAUCGACGGAGCGAUAUAAAGAGAAUAAAUCUCUAUCUGAAAUUGAUGGAAUCACAAUUGCGAUUAAAGAUAAUUUUUGUACUGAAGCCAUUAGGACUUCUUGUGCAUCAAAAAUGCUCGAGAAAUUUAUACCUACCUAUAACGCAACGAUUUACGAACGAUUAAAAAAUGCUGGUGCGGUUUUAGUUGGGAAAACAAACUUGGAUCAAUUUGCGAUGGGUUCUGGAACUGUCGAUUCAAUUUAUGGUCCUACAAAAAAUAUUUGGGGCGAUGAAAAAGAUUGCUAUAUAACUGGAGGGAGUAGUGGGGGUAGCGCAAUAGCUGUAGCAACAGGAAGUUGUUUUGCUGGAAUAGGUUCAGAUACAGGGGGUUCAACGCGAAAUCCAGCUUCUUAUUGUGGUUUAGUUGGUUUAAAACCCACAUAUGGUUUAGUUUCAAGACUUGGAUUAAUCCCUUUGGUUAAUUCGAUGGAUGUGCCAGGUAUUUUAACAAGAAAUGUUGAUGAUUGCGUGUCAAUUCUUAAUGAAGUAGCUGGACAUGAUCCAAAAGAUUCAACAUCUUUGAGAAAUCCUUAUAAAAAAAUUAGAUUACCACCGGGUGAUAAAAUGACAAUAAAAAACCUUAAAAUUGGUAUACCUAGAGAAUAUCAUUGUGAAGGACUCUCUGAUGAAGUUUUAGAAACGUGGAAUGAAAUUGCUUGUUGUUUAGAAAAUGCUGGGGCAAUAAUAAAAGAUGUUUCUUUACCAAAUACAGAGUACAGCAUAGUUUGUUACUCAAUUUUAAAUCAAUGCGAAGUUGCGAGUAAUAUGGCUCGUUAUGAUGGAGUUGAAUUCGGUUUUAGAGCUGAUGAGAACACAUCGACUGAAAAAUUAUAUGCUAAAACGAGGAGUUUGGGUUUCAAUGAAGUCGUUCGUAAUCGGAUUUUAACAGGAAAUUAUUUUUUGUUGACUAGAAAUUAUGAAAAAUAUUUUAAUCAAGCUUUAAAAGUGAGGAGGUUGAUUUCUGAAGAUUUUGAUCAUGUUUGGGAGAGUGUUCAGAUCUUAUUGACACCAACAACUUUGAGUACAGCUCCAAAAUACAACGAUUUUAUAGGAAAAACUAACAGAGAUCAAUGUGCAGUACAAGAUUAUUGUACUCAACCUGCCAAUAUGGCCGGAAUUCCCGCUGUUUCAAUUCCCAUAAAACUAUCGAAAAAUAAUUUACCAAUUAGUUUACAAUUAAUGGGUAGAAAUCUAAGUGAACCUAUGCUGCUAGCAGUUGCUAAGUUUAUUGAACACAUUGUACAAUUUUCUCAUUAUACGAAAUAUAUUAAAAUUUAAAUAUU